UUGUUUUCGGAAGAAGAAGAAUAUUUGACAAGUAUAAAUUUUGCAAAUUCACGGAGCCUACGAAAAUAAAAAAUACUGAAGAAAUCUUUAUAAAAUAUAUUGAUAAUUUUUCAAAUAAUUAAGAAAACUACAUAAAAUACACUAUGACUACCGGUAGUGCUCCUGCUGAUGGUGUACGAGAGAAGGCUCUCUUUGAUUAUCGUAAAAAAUUGUUGGAACACAAAGAAGUUGAAUCGAGACUUAAGGAAAAACGUGAAGAAAUCAAGGAACUUACAAAACAAUACGAUAAAUCUGAAAAUGAUUUAAAGGCACUACAAAGUGUGGGCCAGAUUGUGGGAGAAGUAUUGAAACAAUUGACAGAAGACAAAUUUAUUGUGAAGGCCACCAAUGGACCACGUUAUGUGGUAGGCUGCCGCCGUCAAUUGGAUAAAACUAAGCUAAAGUCAGGCACUCGCGUAGCCUUAGAUAUGACCACUCUUACAAUUAUGCGUUAUUUGCCACGUGAGGUAGAUCCUUUGGUUUACAAUAUGUCACACGAAGAUCCUGGUGAUGUUACAUACUCUGCUAUUGGUGGCCUGUCCGAACAGAUACGUGAGCUACGUGAGGUAAUCGAAUUGCCUUUAUUAAAUCCAGAGCUUUUCCUACGUGUGGGUAUUACUCCACCGAAAGGUUGCCUUCUUUAUGGCCCUCCCGGUACUGGCAAAACUUUGUUAGCUCGUGCUGUAGCCUCUCAAUUGGAUGCAAAUUUUUUGAAAGUUGUCUCCUCAGCUAUUGUCGACAAAUACAUUGGUGAAUCGGCUCGUUUGAUCCGUGAAAUGUUCAACUAUGCUCGAGAUCAUCAACCCUGUAUUAUAUUCAUGGAUGAAAUCGAUGCUAUCGGUGGAAGACGUUUCUCAGAGGGUACCUCGGCUGAUCGUGAAAUUCAACGUACACUUAUGGAGUUGCUGAAUCAAAUGGACGGUUUCGAUGCUUUGGGCCAAGUGAAAAUCAUUAUGGCCACAAAUCGUCCAGAUACUUUGGAUCCCGCCUUGUUGCGUCCUGGUCGUCUCGAUCGUAAAAUUGAAAUUCCACUGCCCAAUGAACAAGCUCGUAUGGAAAUCUUAAAGAUUCACGCAUCCAAAAUCGCCAAACAUGGUGAAAUCGAUUAUGAAGCCUGUGUAAAACUUUCGGAUAAUUUCAAUGGAGCUGAUUUGCGUAAUGUUUGUACAGAAGCUGGUCUUUUUGCAAUAAGAGCCGAACGUGAGUAUGUUAUCCAAGAAGAUUUUAUGAAGGCUGUACGCAAAGUAUCCGAUAACAAAAAAUUGGAAAGUAAAUUAGAUUACAAACCCGUUUAAUAUUGAUAUUUCAUUUUUAUUCAACACACAUUAAAACAUUUACAAAAUCAAUAUAAAAAACUAUUAAAAUAGAACAAAUGUAUUUUAUUAAAUA